AUGGGUGUCCUCCUAGGUGCAACAGAACCCCAAAGAAUUGAAUCUUUGGAUCAGAACAGAGUUGGUCUGAAACCCGAUGGAUUCCUUAAUAGCAGCCCUCUUCUUCCUGUAGAACACCAGUCUACUUCCAACUUAGAUCUGGAUGUGAAGAGGCCUACCCCACCCAAGCUGUUAUGGCAUCAACCCGUCAACAUAUUUUUGGCUCGACCUGUUGGUGUGGAGGACUUGCACCAUGAAGCUGAGCUCAAUCUCCAAAGUUUGCUGCAAGAAGAAUAUGAGGAGCCAUAUUCUGAUGCCAAGAUCAGUGGCCAAACUUUCCGCUAUGCCAGCUCUCCUUCAGUGGACAGGCAUCUCGAGUGCAGCCCUCGCCCUCCACCCAACAAACGCAUGGAAUUCGUCUUCAUGCCUACAAGCCAGCAAGUGAAGGAGAAUGAAACGACGAGCCUGGGGGUAAGAGUGCUGGAGCCUUCGCUUAGCUUGCCUGCUACCCCAGACAGACACACCGCCUGGAGCCAGGGAUCCCCUCUGCCUGCUCUGGAGGAAAAGAGAUUACAACAGCCCUGUUCCACCCAAGCAAACAUCAUCCCCAUCAACGUCUCAGGGCAGCCGUUUGCUCGACACGCCAGCGCACGGCACUCCUUGUUCAAUACAGAGACCGCCAUGAAUCCCAAGUCUUUGCUACGCCGAAGACGGACCGUGAUUGGUUUUCCCCACCUCUCUCUACGUGAUCCAGGAAGUAGCAAUGGGCCCAUCGUCAACCCACCGGCCACCAUAGCUGAGUCCAUCUCUUGCAAUUUUGUCCCUGAUGUGGUCAAUGGAAGGAGCUCCACUCGCCAAGCCCGGUCUCCUCAGUCCCGACCACAGCUGAGAAAGACCUUCAGUGAUCUCGGGGGAGUCCUACAGGGACGAGGUUGCCAAAUCCAAGCAGGCCGUGCUGAGAACCCCAAGGUGAUGUACGCCAGCCCAUUGUGCAAUGGCCCCAAAGAGGACUCCAUCUUCUCUCCUGGUUGCAGCACAUCCUCCUUCUGCUACACCAACUCUCCUGUGAGCCAAAAUGAGGUGGCAGCAGCAGAGAGCGCAUCUCAGAUGUCUCCUUGCACACCCAGGGACACUCCAGAGGCAGAUCAGCUUUCUUCUUUCUUCAUUAGCCAAGACAAUAUGGCUGGGGUGAAUGAGUGUGGGACGUUUUGCACUUCUCCUGAGUCCCCCUUAGAGGCUGAGGGAAGCUCGAGGUGUGGAACGAGAGACGUCAAAGUCCCUGCAGCCCUUGUCAACUCAAGUGAAGAGGAAUCGUCCCAACUGGAGAGGGAGAGAAUCAUGUGCAAAUUCCGUGAGAGGUCACUUUCUGUCCCUACAGACACAGCCUCCCUGUGCUCAGUGGACAUUGGGGGCAGUGAGACCUGUGGCCUUAGUUAUCCCAGUGCCAGCUCGGAGGGGAGCACCAGCACAGACAACAUCUCCCUGGCUCUGGAGCAAGAGGCCCGAAGGCAGCGCCGACAACGAACCAAGAGUAUCUCUCUCAAGAAGGCCAAGAAGAAGCCUUGCCCACCCAUGCGCAGCGUCUCCUUGAUAAAAGAAGGGCAAGUCGGCGAAGCAGAAGUGAGUGGUGAGGCACUGCCCCAGGAUCAGAGACCCAAAAGUCUUUAUUUGCUGCCCGAUGCACAGGUCCACAGCAAAGUCCAAGGUGAUCCAACCAGGGAAUUGGAGAGCAGGCCCUAUGCCCAGCAGGGCUUUAUGCCUGAAUGGAAUUCUGGGGAUCCUUAUUGCUCCUUGUCCGGAUCCAGCACUGCUACUGGGACUACUGUAAUUGAACUGUCCAAAGUACGUGGUAGUUCUGAGUCCCUCCCAUCUCCUUCUGUCUCCCGGGCCACCACCCCAUCUCACCUCUGUGCUGACAUGAGUUUGAAAACCUCUUCCCCAGGGAGGUUGACAGGGCUAAUGUCUCCCUCCAGUGGCUACUCCAGUCAGUCUGAAACGCCAACCCCAACCGUUCCAACAUCCAUGGUUCUGGGUCAUGCUCCUCACCAGAGUGGACGGACAAGGCCCCUUGUGCCGGAGAGGAAGUCCUCCCUACCCCCUGUUUCUCCUAUGGAACGAAGCCCCAAGUCUCGUCUCUCCUUCGAUCUGCCCUUUGCCCCACCAACACACCUGGACCUCUCGGGCUUGAAGAUCUCGCACAAGAGCAAAGCCAAAGUAAGCCGACACCACUCGGAUUCUACCUUUGGAGCCAAGUUGGGCCCGAAGCUGAGUCCGGUGCAGCCGGUUAUGCCCAUGGUGACCCAGCUAGACCUGCGUUCUGUCCGUUUGCGUUCUGUCA